GUUCCGCGCGCGGGGGCCGCCAGUGCGGGCGAUGCAGGCGGCGCUGCGGCAGCGCCUGUGCGGGGCGCGGCGGGCGCUCGGCGGGGGCUCGGUGGUCCCUCGGCCGCGCUCCCUCGGCCCGGGCUCCCCCGCGGCGCCCCGGUGCUGGAGCUGCGGCCGCGGGCUGCCCGGCGCCGAGGGCCCGCCGCGGUUCUGCCCGGGCUGCCGGGCGCUGCAGCCGCCCGCGCCGCGCCCCGACCUGUUCCGGCUGCUGCAGUGUGACCGCGCCUUCCGCAUAGACACCGACCUCCUGCGCCGCCGGUUCCGCAGCCUGCAGCGCGCCCUGCACCCCGACCGCUUCGGGCAGCGCCCGCCGGAGGAGCAGCGCUACUCGGAGCAGCACUCCUCCCUCAUCAACAAGGCCUACCAGACCCUGCUGCACCCCCUCAGCCGCGGCCUUUACCUGCUGGAGGUGAACGGAGUAGAGCCGGCACAGGAGACGGACUGUGAUGCGGACUCAGAGUUUCUCAUGGAAAUCAUGGAAAUUAAUGAGAAAUUAGCAGAGUCUAAAAAUGAGGCCAUCUUGGAGGAAAUUGAAACUUUAAUUAAAGUUAAGCAAGAAGAACUGACCAAAGCGGUGGCCGCAGCUUUUGAACAAGAUGAUUUUCAAGAAGCCAAGAAGCUUCUAGCCAAAAUGAAAUACUUUGCAAACCUAGAGGAUAAACUAAAGAACAAGAAGAUCCCUUCCUGACACUCCCUCCUCCACCAUGAAUUAAUGCUAUUUUUCAAUUAAACA